AUGGCGAGAGGCUCGCUACGCCGUCUCCUUCCUUCAAAAUCUCGCUCAGCUCCUCCCGCCAGGCCUUUCUGCACCUCCCCGCCGCCGGACUCUCCCGUCCGGUCGAAGCUUCUCGAAGACCUCCGGCAGAUUAGGUCGGCGGUGAAGCUCGGGGAUGUGGGGAGGGGUUUGGAGUUGAUGAGUCUGAUGAAGAACAGCGGUUGGAGGCCAAGCUGGUUCGUGUACAACGUUUUGAUCAGCGGCUUGUGUAAGGAGAGGAGGCUCGGUGAUGCCAGGAAGCUGUUUGAUGAAAUGCGCAGGUUGAAUGUGGCACCGACCACAGUGACCUACAAUACCCUGAUCGACGGGUACUGUAAAUCCUGGGACUUGGAGGGGGCUUUUGUUUUUCGAGAGAGGAUGAAGAACGACAAGGUGGACACGAAUAUUGUGACAUAUAACACAUUGCUCAGUGGGCUCUGUAAGAUGGGGAGAAUGGAUGAGGCUAAUAAGGUCUGGGGGAAAUGGAGGCCCAUGGGUUCAUUCCCGAUGUAUUCAGUUACAGUAUUAUUCUGGACGGACACUCUAGGCGAGGUGAUGUCGAAGCCUCAAUAG